UACAUCAAAUGCAAAAUAGUCCAUCUUUGCAAACAGAAAAUUUAGACGAUAUGGUACCAUCAGCUCAAUCAACAAAUGACGAUUUAGACCUUAUUGUAACAUCACCUCAAACAACCAAUGAUGUUUGUAUCGACGAAGAUAUUUUGGAGGAAGCUUUAGAAGAAAUUUUGAACCCCCAUAGAGAAAUCUCUGACAAUUUUACAAAAACAAUCACUGCCGAAUCAGUUACUACAGCCCUUAUUACAAGCGAAACAUCUACACCAUGCAAUAGCCCAUCGUCUAGUUUUUCUAAACAUUUAACAUAUCCGGAUCCCAUUCAAAAUAAGAAAGGUGUCACUUUACUUCCAGAAAAUAGAGCCCAAAUCCCAAAUGUCGAUCUCGUCUGCUAAAUGGAAAGAG